ACACGUCUCCUCUUCUUAUUUUCGAUCUCCUCUCGCUCUCGGCAGAUCUCUGGCAGCCAUGGCGAUGAAUCCGAGAACGGAAGCUCUCCUCCUCUUCGCUGUCAUCUCUCUCAUCCUCGCACCGGUGGCCCGUGGGAUCACCGACGCCCCUUUUAUUGUCGCACACAAGAAGGUCAGCCUCUCCAGGCUCAAAUCGGGCUCCGAACGAGUUGCUGUUUCCAUCGACAUCUACAAUCGAGGAUCCGCGACAGCAUAUGAUGUCAGCCUCACCGACGAUAAUUGGUCUCAAGAUGUAUUUGAUCUUGUUACUGGCAACACUUCAAAUUCAUGGGAGAGGCUCGAUGCUGGUGCCGUUGUUUCACACUCAUUCGUUAUGGAGUCCAAAGUUAAAGGCAUGUUCUACGGUGCACCCGCUGUUAUCAAAUUUCGCAUCCCUUCAAGGGCCACACUGCAGGAGGCAUACUCUACCCCCAUUCAGCCGUUGGAUAUUCUUGCAGAAAGACCACCGGAAAAGAAAUUUGAAUGGGUAAGAUCUCUCUUUUUCCCGUGUCUUCAAAAUCUAGACAUUUCUUAGACCAUCUCUAACAUUUUGCUGCUGCUGAUUCUUUCUGUUUCAUGAAAUGGACCUUCUGUGGCAACCGAACUUCGUCAGGUCAAGAGGCUGUUAGCAAAAUAUGGGUCUCUGAUUUCAGUGCUGUCCAUCGUGGGCCUGUUUGUGUAUGCAAUACUCAGUCCGUCAAAGUCCGGUGCUGCGAAAGCGAGUAAGAAAAGGCGCUGAGCCAUCCAUUUCAGGUCGUUGACGGAUGAGCUUAGCUUGAUCUGCCUUGAGGCAAGAACUCAAGUCUUUAGGAAUGCAGUCAAAGUUUACAAAGUUUAUAGAGCCCUCUUCUAACUGUUUAGUGUUAACGAGAAAGCAUGAUACAAUUUUGGUAAGCUGGAGGGCAGCAUGUUUUGUACAAACCUCCUCUCUUUGCUAUAGAUACUGAUGUUGGUGGGCCA